CCUUCCCUGAUCGAAUGUAGCCCUGGCUUCAUGUACGGCGGCGGCAUUAAGACGGAAGCGGAGAAACAGCACUAACCAGGAAAUAUCGAAAGGCGUAGGAAGAAAUGCUCUGUAUUCCUAGCAUAGUCUGAUUUAGCACUUUUGGGUCUUACUGUUGUUGGUCGUUUUUGAGAGCUGGCAGCGAGCGUUGCGAAUGAUUCUGCACUUCCGUUCCUCUUUGACACAGGAACGAUCUGAACUUUGGCUGUGAGGUCUAACUUUCCAGGGACAUGCUGGGACUGCAAUUUGUAUAACACUCCAGUGGGCGGAAUCCUUCAUUUCCCCCUUUCCAGUGCUGUUUAUCUUUCAUGAGCCGAAAAGCAGCACGGCUCUGAGACUCAUAGUGUCAAAAUCUUACGAUGAUGUUAGGUGAGCAGCAGGUGCAAAAGAAAGUGCUUCAGUAUGAGGCUUUUAUCAGUGAUGUUUUGCAGAGGGAUCUUCGGAAGGUGUUGGAGCAACGAGAUGAGAUCUAUGAAAAGAUUGCUCAGUAUUUGCAGCUCAAGAAUAUUAUUGAGCGAUUACAGGAGACAGGAGGCCAAAAGCUAAUGACUCGGGUGGACCUGGGCUGCAAUUUCUUUGUCAAUGCAGAAGUGCCAGACACAUCCACCAUAUUUGUAGCAGUGGGUUAUGGGUUCUUUGUGGAACUGACAUUUCCUGAGGCACUAGCCUUCAUUGAGAAGAAGAACAAGCUUCUUACAGAGCUCAGUGAGGCCCUCACCAAAGACUCUACCAAGAUCAAAGCCAAUAUUCGGAUGGUUUUAGAGGGAUUGUGUGAACUCCAAGGUAUCCAGGAUCUGCCUGAGAAGACCACAAGGGACAUCUUCCUUUAGACGCCCGCCCUCUUUUAGUCGGAGGUGAUAUUUUCAGUUUCCAGUAUGCUGGAAGAAGAGUUGAUUUGUUUGGCAUUUGGUGGCAACCAGAACCGCACUUGUUGCUGGACUAGCACUUUUGAAUGGGAUGGGGUGAAUAUGAUAUAGUGAUACUUUAUGGGGUUAGGAGAGCAAUUUCUUAUGUGAAGAAAGGACAUGACUGAAUUCACCGCUUUCUCUGUAUUCAUUCCUCCUCUGUUUUCCAGGUACUGUUUCUUAGCACAACUUCAUCUCAGCUGUAGAAAUAAAGAUGAUGCAACUCCA